AUGGGUCCUGGGGCUGAAACGCGAUAUACCUAUCGUAGCGUCUGCAAGGACAAAAGCGGCCAAAUGGUGAUUUUGGAAGGUUUGGACUGUCAACGUCAAGUUGCGACAGGGAGAUUCAGAAAUGCUGUCAAUUUAACCGGAUGGAGUUUUCUAGAAAUUGAAACCAUGCCUGGAUUUCUUCCAGAAGAACAAGCAUACGCAGCUGGCGUUCUAGAAGGUAACUUAUCUAGCGUGGUUAUUAAGUACCACAUUCAGAAUACGGUAGACGAUGCUUGCAAAAAUUAUACUGCUUAUUGUAAAAGGUUAUAUAGUUUUAUGAGGCAAAAUAUGCAAUGGAUUAGAGAGGAAUUAUCAGAAAAAGGUUCCAACGAUCUGUACUGGGCUCAAGUAAAUAGGACAAUGUAUCAACUAACUGGACUAUAUCAUGGUUAUGAUGGAGCGCCGCUGUCGCCAACAGUUUCUUACGCAAUGCAUCCAAUCCUAAUGAUUAACUCUAAUGGCGAAUUCUACGAUCUUGAAAAGAAACUGAACAAAACUAGGGAUCCUCAAAAUGUGGAUGGAAAAUGCUCCGGUUUUGUAAAAGUAGCUCCUGAGAAUGCUGAUUUACUCUUUUCACAAGUGACAAUGUCUGGAUUUCAAUUUAUGAUGAGGGUAUUAAAACUCUACAAAUUUGGUUUUGAUGAAAAUACUGUGCCAGGACAUACAUCAGCUUUUUCAAGCUAUCCAGGAAUGCUUUAUUCUUCUGACGACUUUGUCCUUAUGAGUUCUGGUCUGGCCGCUUUAGAGACUACCAUCACUGUUUUUAAUAAAACAUUGUUUGAUCACAUCAAGCCAGUUGGUCAGAUCCCGAUGUGGAUACGAGCGAAAGUGGCAAAUGAAUUGGCUAUGGAUGGAGUUGGAUGGUGUAAGAUAUUUUCACGAUACAAUUCUGGCACCUACAAUAACCAGUGGGUUAUUGUCGAUUACAAACGGUUUCGCCCAAAGGCGGAACUACCUUUCUUUGGGUUGCUCUAUGUUCUCGAGCAGCUACCUGGCCACAUUGUGCACAGAGAUAUGACUUGGUUUUUGAGGAAGUACAGCUAUUUCCCAAGUUAUAAUAUCCCGAUAUUCAAAAAAAUCACCAGAAUUAGUGAAGUCGAUAAAUUUGCAGCUAAACUUGGCGGAGAUUGGUACCGAUGGGGUAAAUGCCCAAGAGCUAAAAUUUUCAAUAGAGAUCAUCACAGUGUUGUUGAUUUAGAUUCUUUGACUCGUUUAAUGAGGUACAAUGAUUACACCCGAGAUGAGUUUAGUAGAUGUAAUUGCACGCCUCCGUAUACGGCGGAAGCAGCAAUAUCUGCCCGGGGUGAUUUAAAUCCAGUAAAUGGUAAAUAUCCAUUUCCUGGAAUGGGUCAUGUAAACCAUGGAGCUUUAGACUAUAAGGGCACAAACUACGCGCUUUUCAAAGAUCUUCGAUUUCAAGCCAUUGGCUGUCCAACCUACGGAGAUGUUCCUCCGUUUCAGUGGAGUAAAUUUGACUAUAAUACAAAAGUGAAGCAUUUUGGUCAUCCAGAUCUAUGGAAAUUUGAAGCUGUUGAACCAGUGUGGGAAACUCCAAAUGUUACAGCUUUGUCAUAA